AUGACCAGUCCACUGGAGGCGGUGGCCCAGAAAAAGCCGAGCAUUGAGGCAGUGAUGGACAUGCUUGAGAAGGGGCCUGAGGUGCUGGCCAGCGCCGUGGGGGAGCUCCUGCCCCUCUUUGAGGCCGUCGUCCCUGUUCUACGACUGGCCUUGGAAAACAUUCAGAGCAAAGAGGUCUCCUACAUCAAGGAGCAGUUCCUGACUUUGAGGAACAAACUUGAUGUCCUCUCUACCCAACUGGAGGACCUCUACAGGGAGAUGGAAAAGAGCAGACAGGAUUUACAGUACUCAGUUGUGGAGGACGACAUACGGUACCAGUACAAGAUGUUCACCGACAUCCUGAGAGUGAAACAGGAGCUAAAGGGGGAAAAGAAGAAUUUUUUUCUGGAUCAGUUUGUCAAAGCUGGAGGAGAGAAGAAUCUGUUCGUGCUGUAUGAUGCUCUGAUGGGGAACAGCAGCUUUGGAGAGUCUGUGUUAGAUGUGGUGGAAAGAUAUGCAGCAGGGAACCGACGCCUUCUAGAGGACUUCUGUGUUGGGAUGAAGAAGCUCCUCCUGAUGGGCUUGAUUGCUCUGCUGGGCCACUGUGCCCUAAACCAGGGGCCAGACGGAGAAGAGGAGAAAAAACGAGACUGGAGCAUCAAAAUGAAAGAAGUAGAGUUCAAGAUGAAGUCAACCAUAGAGUCGUGUGUGGGAUCCUUCCCAGAGCAUGCAAGAUCGGAUGCUCAGCGCCUCUUCAGAGAGAAGGGAGAAGGGAAUCCUGCAGAUACCGCCCAGGAACUUAAAGAGUUCUUGAAAACCAAGUAUGAUUGGGUCAGCUGGUCAGUGCGACUGAUUAGUGAUUCAGGGAAAUUCUUUGGGAACCAGCGGGCUGGAAAAGACUUCCACCAUGUGUGCGGGCAGAACUGCUUUGAGUUUCCCCCGCUGAGCAACAUGAACCUGGUGGUGUCAUACAGCACCAAACCCCAGCCGGUGCCCCGCGGCCGCAUUCAGCGGGUGAUGGAGGACAAGGCGAAGAAGGGAAAUGCCAAGGCAGUGGCUGAUGUGUUGAAGGAGCAGCUCCACGGGUUUGUGGUCCACGCCAUCAGUCGGCACAAGACCAGCACGGCGGCAUGCAGCUUUCCAGAGGACUGCCACUACUGGGAGAGACACAAGAACAUGGCAGUGUGUGUGCACUCAGAGUGA